GUCUCUCUCCUCCCUAGCACGCUUCUUCUUCUUCUUCUUCUUUGGAUGACUGGCAGCAGUGCUGGCCACGUUGUUCACAACGUCGACAGCCUUCUGAAGUUCGAUAGCGAGUUGGUUCGACGCGUCUUCCGAGUCCGACAUUGUGAUGGAUGGACGAUGCCUUUAGGGCUGGUCAAUUUUUGGAUGAGGGCAAGUAAAUUGGCGUCGAGAUCGCGCUCAGCGCGUGUAACUGUAAGCGCGGCGGAGGAUGCCGUGCGGGCGCUCCUCGCGGUGGGCUCUUCGACUCCUUGUGCGCUCAGUCUGUAUUGUCCACCGUACUGAUGUCUCUGCCCGACGUAUCUUUCUCAUCGCAAAGUCAAAGCAUGCCUACUUUAGCGGACCCUCCCAGCCAAGAAAAGGUUCAGAAACCAGCUCCUCUCUCUGUGCAACAAGAAGAUGUCAUUAUACAUACUCGAAUCACAAAUGACGAAAAGGCACUACGAAGAGUGACCAAGAAGUUUCACAACUAUACCUCAGUUGCUUACGAUCCUAUAGUCCCACCCUCGCCUUCGACCACGACGUCUGUAGACGAUGCACGAGACGCAUUCCUCGUCGAGCUUGCUUCGUUUCAUCUUUCACUCAGGAAAAGUUUGAUGGUUUGCGAGGCAGAGGCCAGGCAAGUUGAAGAGUAUCAGAGGGAACGAGAGCGAAUAGCGAAUGAACAUGAAAGGACAAAAGACCAGAUUGAUGAGCUGAAGGCUUCAUUGGAGCAUGCUCAGCUUGAGCGGAGACGAAAGAUGGAGUAUGAUGUUAUCGCAGAAAAGAUUAAUGCUCUCCCAACAAGGGAUGAGCUCGAAAGUUCGAUACGCGCAUUGGAGAACGACAUGGCAGCUAUCCGCACUGAACACGAAACUCAGGACCGUACGCUUCUAGCUCAAAAGACCCGCCUCGACAUGAUCAUCGGAGACCUUUCUGAACUACGCCUCAUGGGUAAAGUGGACGUGACAGACCUUGCGGAUAACGAGUUGUCACGAGCUGUUAGUCCCCUCCCAGAACUUCAAGUGUCAAAUAGCGACGUCGAGAUGACCGAUGCAAGAGAACGAGCGGAGUCUGGGGAAUUGAAUGAGGAGAAAGACGACAAGGAUUCAGAUGAAGAAGAUAUCCCGUUAUCCAAGUCUACUAGCUUAAACCCCUCGGCAAGAGCGUUCAUGCCGCAUAGCAGCUCAGGCACGCCUGCACCGCCGGUCAGUUCUGAACAGGCAUCUGCGCCAGGGAUGUCAUCAAAGGAGGAAGGAGAGGAGGAUGAGGAUGUGGAAAUGGGUGAGCUAUCAGAAGACGGGCGGGAUGCUGGGAAAGUGGCAAAGAAUAGGAAGGCAAAAGAGGACCUGGAGGAGGGUGAAGCGAGCGACUUGAGUAGUGAGCUCUCAGAUCCACCUGAUGAUUAGUUGGCUGGAUUCCUUGGUUUUUUUUUCCCUGUUGUAUUUUGUCCUAUCUAUGAGUCUUCUGACAGUUGUCC